GUUUUAUCAAUAAACAAUUAUUAUUAGUAAAUUAGUAUUAUGUGCGUAUGAAGCAACGAUGGAAUAUUGAACAGAGUGGAGAAUAAUACUAAUGGAGGAGAAAGGAAACGAGAGAUGGAGCGCUGCGAUCGCUAAUCUCUCCGAUAUAUCAAACGAUCUUCAUUCUCUCCACAACAUCCUCAACUCCAAAGCUGUAUACGUCGAUCAAGAUUCUUUCAACAAAGCCUCUUUAACCUCCGAUCAAGCCCGUACUAUCAAGGUUCUUGAGCAAAGGGUAGAGACUUUAGAAAGGGAGCUGGAUGCUGCAAUUUCAGCUGCAGCCCGUGCUCGUACUGAAAAAAGGCAGGCCGAAGCAGGACAAAAGGCUGCUGAGUUACGAGCUCAGGAAAUCACAAAGGAGCUGGAGAACACCACAAAAGUGUUUGAACUGCACAUGGAAGAAUUACGAGCAAAGCAAGACGAGAUUGCGAAACGAGAUAACGAGAUUAAACUUCUAGAAGCUAUAAUUCAGACACUUGGAGGGAAAGAUUCAGAUUCUUAGCUCUAAUUAUAAUUCUUUCUCUGUUGCAAAUCAUUUUCUUGUGAAAUCUACUCACCACCUCACUGUUCAAUUUGCAUCCUAAAAUAUUAAAAAAAAAACAUUUUCCUAUUUUUAAUAUUUUUAUUAUUGUGUUUUACAUGUUCCACACGUUACAAACGAAUUACAAUCUGAAUGGAUACGUUUCCUUAUAAA